AUGGACGAUGGUCAGGAGACGUCCCAGCCCGUCAACUCAUUGUCCGCGCUCCCACAACCGCUCGCGCUUCCCAAGCUUUCCCAUCGCCUGGUAGAGACGCUUCGACGCUACGCACCGCUCGGCUUCACCGCGUUUGGUGGGCCUGGCGUGCACGUGGUCAUCCUGCGCAAGCUGUUUGUCGAGGAUUUAAAGUGGGUGGACCACACGUUGUUUACGGAUCUGUUUGCGCUGGGCAAUGCCCUACCCGGCCCUGGCUCCACACAGCUGGCAUUCUCCAUCGCCGUCGUGCGCGGUGGCUCGUUGUGCGGUCUGCUGGCUUUCUUGCUGUGGAGCUUGCCGGGAGCCAUCGGGAUGACGGCGUUGGCUGCUGGGGUGCGCAAUCUGCCAGAUCGAUUGCCCGCCAUCCUGCUAGCCUUUCUCACCGGCCUCAACGCAGCUGCAGUCGGUCUCAUCGCCUUGGCAGCUUGGCAAUUGGCCCAAACCGCCAUCACCGAUCUGCCGUCCAGGCUCAUCGUCCUCACGAGCGCAUCAGCCGGCAUAUGCUACCACGCGCCGUGGAUGUACCCCGUGCUGAUCGCUCUCGGCGGGCUGGCUGGUCUGGCAACGGACUACGCACCCCGCGGCAUUCGAACGGCUCGACGCAAGUGGGCUAGUCGCAGGCCCCGCCGUCAAGACUCCAUCUCGGCGCCUGAUGCGUCGACCGCGGCCCAGGUCUCUGGAGCGGACAUGGAGCUGCAAGGCACGUCGCUGCACUCGCACUCGAUCACGCAGACCUCCGCUAUCCCCGAGCUGAGACAGCGUCAACGCAUCCACGGCGCUGAUCGUCCUCCUGCUUUGCGGUCCGAGAGCAGCAGCGUUGGCGCAGGCGCAGGCACAGGCACAGGCACAGCACAAUGGUCAGGGACAGAUACGCCGCCCUUGCGACCCAUCUUGGUGCCAAGCAAGAGGCUCGCAUUCAGCAUUGGAAGCGUCUUUGCCUGCUCCCUCAUCGUUGUGCUCGUGCUUCGCUCCCAGCUGCGAGAAAAAGGAGUCGAAGGGGCUUCGGCUCCGCGCGAGCUCGAUUUGGUGGCCAACAUGGCUGUUGCUGGUUCCAUCAUUUUUGGCGGUGGACCUGUCGUCAUCCCUCUGCUUCGCGGCUACAUUGUGGAUCCUGGCUGGGUGACCUCACGUGACUUUCUCUUCGGCUUUGCCAUCCUCCAGGCGUUUCCCGGUCCCAACUUCAACAUUGCUGCCUACCUCGGCUUCCUUGCGGUCCCUUCCAGGCCCCUCUUGGGCGCAAUCCUGGCUUGGGCAGCCAUCUUUGCACCUGGCAUCAUGCUCAAGCUCGCUCUGCUGCCCCUGUACAAGAGCUGGCGCAGUCUGAAUCCUGUGCGCAGCUUGCUUCGCGGACUCAAUGCUGCAGCUACAGGCCUCGUGUUCACAGCCGUCUGGCAGCUCUUUCUAGUCGGCUACAUCUACCAGCCGGCUGCAGAGCCGGCCUUGCAAGGCGAUCCCGCUGCUACCAGCGCAUCUGCUCCCCUGACAUCAGAUCCGUGGUGGGGCGUUGUUGCCGCGUUCGCAUUCGUCCUCACGCAGUGGUGCAGGUGUCCGCCAGCUUUUUCAAUCUUGCUUGGUGGAGCCGCUGGUCUUGCGUGGCACGGCGUGCGAGCGACGUGA